AUGAUGAUCGGAUUAAAGAAGCUAGCAUUUAAAGACUGGAUGAAAUGGGUUAACGUUUGUGUAUCUGAAGAGUUUGGCAUGAAAGAAGUUCUCAGUAAGCUGGUUGGAAAUAAUGAGCUUAAACUAGAAGAGGUGCAGAGAGCAGUUCGGAAUCAGAUACAAGGGAAAAAAUACCUGCUUGUUCUAGAUGAUGUAUGGAGUGAGAACCGUGAAAAAUGGAUUGAGUUGAGAGACUUUUUUACAUUAGGUGGAAAGGGAAGUAAAAUCUUGGUAACUAGCCGCUCUAAGGAGGUUGCAAAUGUUAUAGGAGAUGAUCCAAUUUAUGAGUUACAAGGUCUAUCAGACGAGAAAUCAUGGGAUUUGUUCAAGAGAAUAGCAUUCAAACAAGGGAAAGAAAAAGAAGAUGUUGAUCUUGUUGACGUAGGCAAAAGGAUAACAAAGAAAUGUGCCAAUGUUCCUCUCUCCAUACGAGUGAUAGGUAGUUUGUUGUAUGGUCAAGAUAGAAACAAGUGGUUAUCAUUUCAAAGUGUUAAUGUGACAAAAAUGAGACAAGGUGAGGUGAGUAGCAUAAUGUCAACAUUGAUGUUUAGCUAUUAUCAUCUUACUCCCGAGUUAAAGGGUUGUUUUAGCUUUUGUUCACUGUUCCCUAAGGACUAUGUCAUAAACAAAGAUGUAUUAAUAAGUUUGUGGCUGGCACAAGGCUAUCUUAUUCCAAGUCAUCAAGGCCAGGCCUUGGAAGAUGUAGGUGAAGACUAUUUUUCAAUUUUGUUACAAAGAUGUUUCUUCCAAGACGCUCAACAGAAUAAAGAUGGCAAAGUUCGUUCCUGUAAGAUGCAUGAUCUCAUACACGAUCUUGCUAUGGAAGUAGCUGGAAGGGAAUCCUUCAUAUUGACAAUGACACCUUGUGCAAGUCAUGGUGGAAGAAGAAUUCGUCAUCUGUCUACAAGUUCCAGUAACUGGUUUAGUCCAAGGCAUCCCUGGAAUGUUGCAACACUGCGUACGUUCUUCCAGUUGUACAGUUUUCAUAAAGCGUCUGGCGACGUGGCUGCAAUAAUUUCAAAUUGUAAACGUCUAAAGGUGUUGGACUUGCACGAUUCCGCCAUUGAAACUUUACCAAGUACACUUGGUAAUCUGUUACAUUUGAGGUAUCUUGAUCUUUCCGGCAACAAAAGUUUGGAGAUGCUCCCUAAAUCCAUUACCAAGCUUCAUAACUUGCAAAUAUUGAAACUAUGCAGAUGUGAGUCAUUAAUGGAGUUGCCAAAGGAUACGAGCAGACUGGUAAAUCUUAGGAUGUUAGACAUAGAUGGAUGUGACAAAUUGACUCACAGUCCAUGGGGAAUGAAUAAUUUAACAUGUCUUCACACGCUGACAGUGUUUAUCGUAGGCAGGGAUGAUUCCAAGCAAGUUAAAAAAGGAGAGCUAAUAGACCUGAAAGCACUUGUGAAUCUCAGAGGUGAUAUCUGCAUUAAAGUGGGUAAAUUUUCUUCAAGCAAUAUGCCGAAUGUUACACAAGGAGCUCAUAUAUUAAGGGAUACACGUCUCAAGGGUUUAAAAAUAAUGUGUGAUUUGCCACGCGAGCAAUAUGGUGAGAAAGACCAAGGUCUUUUUCACGAGGCAUUGCUGGAGGGUCUGUAUCCUCAUGGUGAUCUGAGAAGAAUGGUGAUGAGUGGAUAUCAAGGCAGAAAAUUGCCAAGUUGGGUAUCCCUGAUAACAACUUUUCUUCCUGGACUUGUGAGUAUUGAACUGUCGGAUUUUGUUGGGUUGCAACAUCUCACAUCACUGAGUGAACUUCAUCAUCUCAAUUAUCUUAAACUUUCAAAUAUGCCCAAUAUACAAUACAUAGAGAGCAAUUCACCUUGUACAUCAGCAACAAGGGCCUCGAAAUUCUUUCCAUCCCUUGAAGAGUUAGAGCUACAAGGAAUACCAAAGUUAAAGGGAUGGUGGAGGGAUUUAUCAUGGAUGGAGAUGGAACUCAUGGAAUGUGGUGGCUGUUUAGUCAAUAGUAAUGGAAGCAUGGAACAAGUUGUGGACCUGCCAUCAUUUCCUUGUCUUCGUGAUGUACGUAUAAUAGACUGCAAGAACAUUACAUACUUUCCUCCAUGUCCACAUUUGAAAUUCCUCGAUCUUAAGAGUGUAAAUGAAGCGUUAACAUUUUGUAUGAAGAGAAGAAGCGUACAAUCAAGUCCGAUAACAUGCCCUGCUGCUGCUACUGCUACUGCUACCUCCUCAUCCAACUUGUUUCCUACCGGUAUGUCAUGUAAUCCAAAAGAUGCCAGUUUAUUUUGCUUGGAGGAGUUGAACAUUGAUAAUCCAAUGGUUUUCAAUUCCUUAUUUAGGGAGUUUGUUUUAGGCGUUGUUCGUAUUGAAAUUAACUUUUCUGAUCAACUGAAAAGUUUGUGGACAAUUAGGGAGGGUUUUCAGAGGUGUGCUUUCUCUGUUAGACUACUUUCAAUUUAUAACUGUCAGAACCUCAAGAGUUUGUCAGGAGGAGGAAUAGAGCAUCUCACCAACCUACAAUCCUUAUCAAUUGAUGAAUGCUUUGAUCUGGAUUUGGAAGAGGAUGAAGGGAUGCCAUGGAAAUAUCUAAGUUCCCUCUUUUCCUUGACAUUAAUUAACCUUCCAAAGCUGGUAAAUUUGCCAAAGGGGAUUCAAUACUUGACCUCCCUUCGAUCCCUCCAAAUUGAGAGAUGCCACAACUUGAAGAACCUUCCAGAAUGUUUCUGCUUCUUAACAUCUCUUCAAUCUGUCCAUGUUGAAGACUGCUACAACUUGAAGUCCCUUCCAGAAUGCCUCCAUUCACAAUCAUCUAUGCAUUUGCUUCAUAUCAACAAUUGCCCUCAACUCCCUCAUCCAUAUUUACAGUUGCUUUGA